UAUCCGGUAGCGCUGGCAGCUGGGCCGGGAGCCGGGAGAAGGUUCCAGGCGCCGCCGCCAUGUCGGCUGCCAACAAGUCGGUGGAACUGCAGCUGCAGGUGCGGCACCAGACGGAGGAGCUGCAGGAUUUCAUGAGGGAGCUGGACGGCUGGGAGAAGGACAUCAAGAAGAAGGAUGACGAGCUCCGGAGGCAGAGCGGCCAGGCCCCGGCCCUGGACCCGACUUUGCCACCUGUAAGAAAUAGGAAUUACAAGAAAAGAACAAAUAAAAAGACUGUUUCUCAGAACAAUAAAAAGAACAAAGAAAAUAAACCAACACGGAUAAAAUCUUAUGACUAUAAGUCUUGGGAAAAGUUUGAUGUGGAAAAAGUAUUGGAAGAACUGGACAAAAAUGACAGUUCUCCAGAGCCUGACACAGAAGAUGAGGAAAUAGACAUAGAGAAAGCUCUUUCAGAAAAAGAAAAGGGUAAUAAUUACUUCAAACAAGGGCAAUAUGAUGAAGCAAUAGAAUGUUAUACCAGAGCCAUGACUAUGGAUCCAUAUAACCCAGCCUUUCCUACAAAUCGUGCAUCAACUUUCUUAAAAUUAAAAAAGUAUGCUGUUGCAGAAUCAGAUUGCAAUUUGGCUAUUGCGCUGGAUAAAUCCUUCUUGAAAGCAUACCUUCGACGAGGUGCUGCUCGUAUGAAACUGAAAAACUUUCAGGGUGCAAAAGACGACUUUGAAAUGGUGCUAAACCUGGAUGCACAAAACUUUGAAGCACAGAAUGAACUCAGAAAAGUAAAUGAGGCUCUUGCACCAGAUCAGAAAGAUCAGAAUCAGUCAAGCAAAGAGGAACAAAUGGAUACCAGUGAUGAAAAGAAACUGACUGAGGCCCAAGCAAAACAGGAGGCAAUUUUUGAGAAAGACUUGGGCAAUGAGUUCUUUAAAGAAGGAAAGUAUUUGGAAGCAAUUGAAUGCUAUACUAGAGGGAUGGCAGCAGAUGGCACCAAUGCACUUUUACCUGCCAACAGGGCCAUGGCUUACCUUAAGCUUGAGAAAUUUGCAGAGGCAGAAGCUGACUGCAGCCGGGCUAUCUCACUGGAUAAUACUUACUCCAAGGCAUUUGCAAGAAGGGGAACUGCUAAAAUGUGCCUAGGGAAGAUGAAGGAAGCAAAAGAAGAUUUUGAAAUGGUCCUAUUGCUGGAACCAGGAAACAAACAAGCUUUAACUGAACUUGCAAAAAUAAACAAAGAAUUGGCUUUGCAAGGAGUUUCAACACAACAGACAUCUUCAAAAAGCAACAAAGGUCAACGAAUAAUCAAACCAAUCGAUAAGCCACCUCAUUUGAGAUCUACUAAACCUCUUAUAAGAGUUGCUAUUGAAGAAGUUGAAGAUACAAUGAUUAGUACUAAGAAGGAAGCAGCAGCAGUCAGUUUCCCUUUUGAUCUUGCAGCGAAAACACCAACUAUGGUACCAGCAGUCGAAGAAACUAAUAGAAUUCAGGAGGAAAACACACCUGGUGACUGCUCUGUGCCAACUGUUGAAGCACCCAAUGCCAAAAUACUUAAAGUUGAAGAGAGGGAACAUCAUGUCAUGUCAGACAAGCAAUCCGUUACAGCUGCUACUGUAGAGAAAUCAGCAGAAAGGAAGAAAGCUGCGGCAUCUCUUUUUUCCAAUUCUGUGAUUGUCCCUCAAGCUCCUGCCAAUUCCUUUCAACUUGAAGCAGACCUCCGCAAACUGAAAAACUAUCCAGAGAUGUUAUAUAAAUACAUAAAGCAAAUUGAGCCCUCUCUCUAUCCACAACUGUUUCAAAAGUCUUUGGAACCUGACAUUCUAAAUCACAUUUUAAGAAUCGUUCAUGAUUCAUACAUCAGGUUCGAGGAGCCGUCCCUCAUUCUAAAUGUCCUAAGGAACUUAGCAAAUGUGAAAAGGUUUGAUAUGGCGGUAAUGUUUAUGUCGGAAUCAGAAAGAAAAGUUGUAAAGGACUUAUUUGAUCAUCUAUUGAAAUCUGAUGUUGAAGAAGAUUCACUUCAAGCAUUGAAGAGCAGAUACAGUGUUUGAAACAUGCUUUGGCCUGGACAUAAGUAUAGUAAAGGGGAAAAAUUGUAUUCCAGUUUAUAUAAUUAGCCUAAACCUCUCUUGUAUAGUAUUUUCCUCAAAUAUAAUUAUUUUAAUGUAAAGUUGUACCAUGUAUUUACAAUAUCUCUCUUGAGCAGUUUCCCUUCUUGGCUAUUUUGCAUAUGUCAUCAGUGCUUUAUAGUUUUUUAUUGCUGUUAAUAAUACAGUUUGGGAGAGUUGUUUUUGACGUUACAUUACAACGUUUGUCUUCGAUCUCAAAUGCAGCUAAGAUUGUGGAACUUGUCUUGGAGAGAGAGCCUUGAUGGCAUUUAUUUGAGGGUCAGAUAUUAGCUUGAGUUACUGAGUCACACUUUUUUUGGUGUAAGGAAUUUUAUUUUAAUUAAGUUUUCCUUGGCAAAUAAAGUACAAUUUUGAUUUUU